UUUUAUUGUCUUCGUUUUGUUUCUCGUGCAAAACCGCAACCACCAGCAUUAUUAUCAUCAAUUGUAACAUCAUCACUAACUUCCACAUCAUCACUGAUUUCCACAUCAUCACUGACUGUAACAUCAUCGCUGACUGCAACAUCAUCAGUGACUCCAAAAUCAUCACUGACUCCAACAUCAUCACUGACUUCAACAUCAUCACUGACUCCAACAUCAUCACUGACUCCAACAUCAUCACUGACUCCAACAUCAUCACUGACUGCAAUAUCAUCACUGACUGCAACAUCAUCACUGACUCCAACAUCAUCACUGACUCCAACAUCAUCACUGACUGCAACAUCAUCACCAACUUCAACAUCAUCACUGACUCCAACAUCAUCACCGGCUGCAACAUCAUCACCGGCUGCAACAUCAUCACUGGCUGCAACAUCAUCACUGGCUGCAACAUCAUCACCGGCUGCAACAUCAUCACUGACUGCAACAUCAUCACUGACUGCAACAUCAUCACCUACACUACCUGCAAUAUCCUCACUAACUGUAACACCAUCACCAACUGAAACAUUUUUGUAUCACUUGUUAUUACACAACAAGGACGCGACCUUUUGUUGUCAAGAACCUUUUAUGAAAGCCCUUCAUAUGAAAACCGCGCCAAACAUUGAUCACAAAAAAAUAAACGAAAACGGCAACGUGAAACGUGAAAACCAAUAA